UGGGGAGGGGCCUGCGCGCGGGCUGCGCGGGCGGCGAGGGGCGAGCUUCGCCCGCCGUGCUCCGCAGACUCCGCGUUCCGGGCGCCGGCUCGCUGCGGUCUCGCCACCGCUUUCUCCCGAGCGGCCUCGGUCCCGCGGCUGGGGCGAUGUGAGCCGGGGCCCGCAGGAGCGGCCGGACCGCUGCGAUGUGGCUCAAGCCCGAGGAGGUGCUGCUGAAGAACGCCCUGAAGCUCUGGGUGACUCAGAAGAGCAGCUGCUACUUCAUCCUGCAGCGGCGCCGCGGGCAUGGCGAGGCGGGCGGCCGUCUCACGGGUCGCCUGGUGGGUGCUCUGGACGCAGUGCUGGAUUCCAGUGCACGGGUCGCUCCAUUUCGAAUUCUACUUCAAGUUCCUGGGUCCCAGGUUUAUUCUUCCAUAGCAUGUGGUGAGUUACUGAGUGGAUCAGACGUUUACUGGGCCAUAGCCACUGGUGCAACAUUAGAGGAAAUAAACCAACACUGGGACUGGUUGGAACAAAAUCUCCUCCAUACCUUGUCCGUCUUUGAUAAUAAAGACGACAUUGCCAGCUUCGUCAAAGGGAAGGUAAAGGCUCUGAUUGCGGAGGAGACGAGCAGCAGGCUUGCGGAGCUGGAGGAGGAGCCCGAGAAGUUCCGAGAGGCGCUGGUGAAGUUCGAGGCCAGGUUCAACUUCCCAGAGGCUGAGAAGCUGGUCACCUAUUACUCCUGCUGCUGCUGGAAGGGCAGGGUUCCCCGGCAGGGCUGGCUGUACCUCAGCACCAACCACCUCUGCUUCUACUCCUUCCUGCUGGGCAAGGAACUUAAGCUUGUAGUCCCUUGGGUGGAUAUCCAGAAGCUAGAAAGAACGUCCAAUGUCUUUCUGACGGAUACCAUCCGGAUCACCACGCAGAAUAAGGAACGUGACUUCUCCAUGUUCCUGAACCUCCACGAGGUGUUCAAGAUCAUGGAGCAGCUGGCCGACGUGACUCUCCGAAGGCUGCUGGAUAAUGAGGGCUUUGACCUGGACCCAGAUCUGCAAGAGCCAAGCCAGAUUACCAAGAGGGACCUGGAAGCCAGAGCACAGAACGAGUUCUUCCGGGCUUUCUUCAGGCUGCCGAGGCGAGAGAAGCUGCAUGCAGUCGUUGACUGUUCCCUGUGGACACCGUUCAGUCGCUGCCACACUGCUGGGCGGAUGUUCACCUCUGACAGUUACAUUUGCUUUGCCAGCAAAGAGGACAGCUGCUGCAAUGUCAUCCUUCCGCUCCAAGAGGUGGUGAGCAUCGAGAAGAUGGAGGACACAAGCCUGCUGCCAAACCCCAUCAUUGUCAGCAUCAGGAGCAAGAUGGCCUUCCAGUUCAUCGAGCUCAAGGACAGAGACAGCCUGGUGGAGGGUCUGCUUGCGAGGCUGAAGCAGGUGCACGCCGACCACCCUGUGCACUACAACACCUCACGAGAUGAGGACAUGACUUCCCCCGUGUUUCAUUCAACAAGCAUGUGUAGUGACCACAAGUUUGGGGAUCUGGAAAUGGUGUCUUCUCCAAAUAGCGGGGAAAGUGGAACAGAGAAGAUCCCAUGGCUGUCCCCUGCGGCCCUGAUCACCGGCUGCCGGUGGUCAGCCAGCCAGAGCCCGGAUGCCAGCAUGUCCAGAGAACAGAUAAAAAUAAGCCUGUGGAACGACCACUUUGUGGAAUAUGGCAGAACUGUGUGUAUGUUUCGCACAGAGAAGAUCCGGAAGCUUGUGGCCAUGGGGAUCCCUGAAUCUUUACGCGGCAAACUCUGGCUCCUUUUCUCGGAUGCUGUGACCGAGCUUGCCUGCCAUCCUGGUUACUACAAUAACCUGGUAGAGGCAUCCAUGGGGAAGUGCUGCCUGGUGACGGAGGAGAUAGAACGGGAUCUGCACCGCUCCUUACCAGAGCACCCUGCUUUCCAAAACGAAACGGGCAUCGCUGCUUUGCGGAGAGUCCUGACGGCCUAUGCCCACCGGAACCCCAAAAUCGGGUACUGCCAGUCCAUGAACAUCCUGACCUCCGUUUUGCUGCUGUACGCCAAAGAGGAGGAGGCCUUCUGGCUGCUGGUUGCUGUGUGUGAGCGGAUGCUGCCCGACUACUUCAGCCACCGUGUCAUUGGGGCCCAGGUGGACCAGUCUGUCUUUGAGGAACUCAUCAAGGAGCGCCUGCCCGAGCUGGCGGAGCACAUGCACGAUCUGUCAGCCCUGGCGCCCAUCUCGCUCUCGUGGUUCCUGACUCUGUUCCUCAGCAUCAUGCCUCUGGAGAGUGCGGUGAAUGUGGUAGAUUGCUUCUUCUAUGACGGCAUCAAAGCCAUCUUCCAGCUGGGGCUGGCUGUGCUGGAGGCCAAUGCCGAGGACCUGUGCAGCAGCAAGGAUGACGGCCAGGCCCUGAUGGUCCUCAGCAGGUUUCUAGAUCACAUUAAGAAUGAGGAUAGCCCUGGACCCCCCAUUGGCAGCCACCAUGCCUUCUUCUCCGACGACCAGGAGCCCCAUCCUGUGACUGACAUUGCCGACCUGAUCCGGGACUCCUAUGAGAAAUUUGGAGACCGGUCUGUGGCGCAGAUCGAGCACCUGCGCUGUAAGCACAGGGUCAGGGUUCUCCAGGGCCACGAAGACAUCACAAAGCAGAACGUGCUCCGCGUCGUUAUCCCAGACGUUUCAAUUCUUCCCGAAGACCUAGAGGAACUCUACGACUUAUUCAAGAGAGAACACAUGAUGAGCUGCUACUGGGAGCGGCCCAGGCCCGUGGUGCCGCGCCAUGACCCCAGCAGGCCCUACGCAGAGCAGUACCGCAUAGACGCCCAGCAGUUCGCACACCUGUUUCAGCUCGUCUCUCCCUGGACCUGUGGGGCCCACACGCAGAUCCUCGCCCAGAGGACUUUCAGGCUCCUGGAUGACAACGUGGACCAUCUUAUUGAAUUCAAAGCAUUUGUGAGCUGCCUUGAUAUUAUGUAUAAUGGAGAAAUGAAUGAGAAAAUUAAACUGUUAUAUAGGCUUCAUAUUCCUCCAGCACUCACUGAAAAUGACCAAGAUAGCCAGUCGCCAUUAAAGAAUCCUCUUCUGUCAACGUCAAGACCCCUGGUUUUGGGGAAGUCAAAUGGUGAUGCUGAUUAUCAGAAACAGCUGAAGCAGAUGAUUAAGGAUUUAGCCAAAGAAAAAGAUAAAACUGAGAAAGAACUGCCCAAAAUGAGCCAGAGAGAAUUUAUCCAGUUCUGUAAAACUCUGUACAGUAUGUUCCAUGAAGACCCAGAAGAAAAUAACCUGUAUCAAGCCAUUGCCACGGUGACCACUCUGCUGCUGCAGAUUGGGGAGGUAGGGCAACUCCACAGCAGCUCUGGGAGCUGCUCCCAGGAGUGUGGGGAGGGGCUGCAGGCUUCAGCUCUUUCUCCAGAACAGGACUCAGUUUUUGCUGAAGCUGAUACUGCCACGAUUCCCCAGGACUCCCAUGCAUUUCCUGAAGAGGCAGAAGGGGACUGGACUGUCUCCCUUGAACAUAUUUUAGCUUCACUUCUGACCGAACAGUCAUUAGUCAACUUUUUUGAAAAGCCACUGGACAUCAAAUCCAAACUUGAAAAUGCGAAGACCAAUCAGUACAACCUCAAAACUGUAGAAAUGAGCCGCCAAUCACAGCCUGAACUCAAACUGAGAACCGCGGAGCAGGACGGUGGGUCACUGAGCCGAGUCGGCCACACCAAGGCACAGCAAACAGUUUCGUGGGUGAUCAGCCCCUAAGCCCAGAUCUCAGUGGAACUCAUUUUGAAUGUUUUACAAGCUGCAUAUUCAGGUAAGAAACGUGGUGUCCACAGCUGUGGCUGGGGGAACUGAUGCAGCCCUCAAGCAUUUCUAUUUAUUACCUGUUGGAUACUGUCAGUGCUAUGGAGUAUCCACACAUCAGGUCCCUGGAUGCUGUGACUUGCAAUUUCACUUUCAUUAGAUUUGCUGAAAUAGGCAUUUCUGGUGUGAUGCUCUAGUGCCCUUUUGUUCUCAGAUGGAACUUGAAUCAGCUGUAUCCUACUCAAUCCUACUGGAGAAGAAAGCCCACGCUCUUAUUUUUCACUUGGCUAAUGGGAGAAAGCAAGAAUCAAGUUCACUUUCAAGAUCUAAGAGCCCCUAUCUGUGCAAUUGUAUUAUGCUUUUUCUUGCACUAAUUUUGUUUCAAUGCUGGUAAUUGAAACCGUUUUAAUAUGUAUGUUUCGUUGUAUUUACUUUGUGUUCUUACGAAAUGUGUACAAACCAUGCUUUCAAUGUUAGCCCCAGGUUUUUUAAUAAGAAAUUUUUGUAUUAAC